AUGGAGUCAUUUGAAAGUUCGAAGACCUGUCAUUCUUACUGGGGGCAAAUCAUUCUGGUUGGUGGCUUCGGAGACUCCGAGUAUCUUUAUGUGGCCUUCCAGGAAGAGUUCGAUUCCAAGAAGAUUACAAUCACUGUUCCUGACAACCCGCAAGCAGCCAUCGUUCAAGGAGCCGCUCUCCGUGGCAUUCAAAGUCUUCGAGCCACAACCAGACGGUGUCGACGACAUUACGGAUACGAAUUCUGGCUCCCAUUUCGCGAGGGCUUCGACCGUGAAUCGAAUUCUAUCAUCCAUGCAGUCACAGGCCAAAAGAUCGCUUACGGUUAUGUGGAAUGGUUUAUCCACAAGGGCGCGAAAUACCAUGAGAAUGAAGCUCGAUCGAUAGCAGUAGAUGUUGACUUGUGGGAUGGGGCAAUGAUAAGAACCGAUCCCCUUCUAGCUUGCGACCUCAAGAAUCCCCCGGAAAGGGCUGAUUCGGGUCGAGUAUUUGACAGUCCCAAAAUCUUCUGCAUAGCUAACUUCAAUUCAGAUGAUAUUUACGAAGUUGUUCUUAUCACCAUCGAUUUUGAAAAUGCAGAUCUUUCAAAGUUUCGAUCUAACAUCUAUGGUGGCACCCGACACUACCUCAGCAGCGGAUACAGUCUUGAGAUCACGUUUGGAGCACAGGAGGGUAUAUUGAAAUUUCAAGGAGUCUGCGAUGGAAAGGCAAUCGGACACAGUCAGAUGGAUUACACUAAAUCCAAGUCCGAAAGAGAGGCUCCAAUGCCCAAGUCGCCUAGUAUGGGAAAUGGUGGGAAUUCAGUGCAGUAUCAUGCACAAAUGGAAAUCAUGGGGCAAUCUAAGUAG